ACUCUUACGGAUAAGGGAGACAUCCGUUUCUCGAGAGAAUACGCCCCAUCGAGUCAAGGAGACGUGGAGGGAGAGUGCACGCGGAUAAUUUCUCGCGCGUCCACUGUCAAUUCCAUCUCCUCUCGCUCUCCCCGUCUCUACGCACAAUCGGAUUGCAUACAUAUGUAUACAAAUGUACAUAUAUCUCGCUCUACUCCCGCGAGAACGUGCCACCUCGCCAAACUCGUCGCGUGUACUCGCGUAGCAUGCGUCAGCCGGAGUGAGCGAACCGGCGUGCAGCUGUCAUCGGGAAAAAGGAGAGAGAGAGAGAGAGAGAGAGAGAAAGAGGGAACGUGGAUCGCCACGAGUGCAUCUUCGAGAGCGGUGCGAAUCUCGCGAUAUCCUCGGUGCCGGAGUAUCGUUGCGGGUGUGUGCACGUCGAGGGAGAAAGAACGUCGGCAAGUGUGAAGUUGCGAAGAGGAGGCGCAUAAUAUAAAUUCAUCACACGAUUUCAGCGCAUAUCUUACUUGCGGCAAGGUCGGGGACGCCGUGUUACAAUCCGAUUGUCGGAUGUGGUGCACGCAAUCGGCGGCUACAGAAACGACAGCGGUAGCGUUAUCACCGGAGACAGCGGUCCGGAACUCGAGCGAUCUGGCAGGUGAAAGGGUAUAUUGCAUGAGAAGGGGAGACUGCCGGUGAUGGACAAUGAGCAACCGCACCAGGAACUGGUCAAGUGCGUGGUCGUGGGUGACACGGCAGUCGGAAAGACCAGACUGAUCUGCGCCAGGGCCUGCAACAAGCACGUGUCGUUGUCGCAGCUCCUGACCACUCACGUGCCCACGGUCUGGGCUAUCGACCAGUAUCGGAUCUACAAGGAUGUGUUGGAGCGCUCUUGGGAGGUAGUAGAUAAUGUAAACGUGUCGCUACGUCUCUGGGACACAUUUGGCGAUCACGAGAAGGAUCGACGUUUCGCAUACGGCAGGUCUGACGUCGUGUUACUAUGUUUCUCCAUAACCAACCCCGUUUCCUUGCGAAACUGCAAGGUGAUGUGGUAUCCCGAGAUAAGAAGGUUCUGCCCGCAAACUCCGGUCCUAUUGGUCGGUUGCAAAAACGAUCUGCGAUACAUGUACCGGGACGAGACUUAUCUCAGUUACUUUCGCGAUCGCAGUCCUUUUGUAAGAGCUACAAGAAAGAGCGAUCUGGUAAUGCCAGAUCAGGCACGGGCGGUAGCGCGAGAACUCGGUGUCUGCUAUUACGAGACAAGCGUCUUCACUUAUUAUGGCGUGAACGAGGUAUUCGAAAAUUCGAUACGCGCCGCCUUGAUCGCACGUCGUCAGCAACGUUUUUGGAUGACGAACUUGAAGAGGGUGCAAAGACCUUUGCUACAGGCACCAUUCUGUCCGCCAAAACCAGUACCGCCGGAAGUAUGUCUAGCUGCGAGUACCUAUGAGGAGAACAUGAAGAGCCUGUGGACGAAACCAGUUCACACGGACGUAACUUUAAUAGCUGGCAACUGCACGUUCUUGGCUCAUCGGUGCUUACUCGCCGCGGCAUCACCGGCGUUUCAUCGGUUAUUCUCGAUGGAACUUUCUCACGAACUGACACCGCGCAGCUCCAGCGAGUCCAGCAUGGUGAGCACUUUCGGCGAGGCCACCGUCGGUGAUUUCAACGACGAUACCGAGUGCCUAAUUCGUAUCGAUCAAAGCAAACCCGCAAAAGUUUGGGAACAACUUAAGCGACGAUCGAGCUUUCAAGUACUGCCGACGGUGGAUAAUCAGAGGAAGACUAAUGGCGCGACGAGAGAACUAAAUCAUCCUGCCUUCCAAAAUAUUCGUAUAUGUCUGACUGAAAACGCGAAUGGCGUGCAGCAGCCCAUGACUGUGGUUACGCUGUCGAAGAUAAUCACGCCACAGGCAAUGCAGCAGUGCUUGCAAUUCAUUUACACGGGCAGCUUGGAUAAACGAUAUCACGAUCUACAAACAGCUCCUAUCGGGCUUCUACUGGAAAUCAGACAGGCGGCCGAGUUUCUCGAGCUACCGCAGUUACUCAUGGUGCUCGGUAGCAUACAGACGCGGGAGCAGUUUGUCAAUAGCGAUCUCAAUAAUCGGUACAAGCAAGUGGUUAGACAACGGUUGGAGGACAUUUGCUUAGAGCAAGGUCUUUUCGCCGAUGUGAUGUUCGAGUUGGACGAUGGCAGCGUACCGGCCCACAAAGCGAUUCUCACUGCCCGAUGCGACGUGAUGAAAGCCAUGUUCUCUGGCGAUUUUCGCGAAAGUAGCGCAAAAGUCAUAGUCUUUCCUGGAGUACGGGAGUAUACAUUCCACAAGUUGCUGUGCUAUCUUUAUACGGAUGAAGUGCCGGCGAUUUCCUCGGCAAGAUGCCUGAAUCUAUUGGAACUAGCCAACAGGCUCUGCCUUCAACGAUUGGUGAAUCUAGUCGAGAGCAGAGUGAUCGAAGAUCUUGAUCGCCUUUCGCAAAAUGAGGGGAAUGAUGCCGUCGAAAACUGCUUGAGGCUACUGGAACCGUGCAAGCUGCAUAAUGCCGAUCAGCUGGCCGACUGGUGCAUGAAUCAUCUGUGCGUUAACUAUAAUAAGCUGUGCAAAAUGUCGCCUCGCAGUGUGCGGCUGCUUCAUCCCGAGAACCAAGAGUAUCUGAACGAGCACCGAUGGCCGCCGGUUUGGUAUUUGAAGGACUACGAUUAUUAUCAGAAAUGUCUGGCGGAGCAGGAUCGCGAGAACAAGCCGACAUUGAAGCGGAAUCGUAACCAAUCCGGCUGUCUGUGUUUCUCGGGCUCGAGCAAGACCAGACGGGAGGGUAGUACCGGAAACGGGGGUGGCGGUGGCGCGGCGUCAACGACGUCGAACGAGACGCCAGCAGAUCGGCCACUUUUCGACGCCUCUACCGAGACCGGCGAACAGGCCGUAUGACAGGAGCCAAGCGGCCUCAGCCGCUCAGUCAGAUUCAUCUUGGUCCUACCUGUGCUCAUGGUCUUCAUAUGCACUAUUUUUACCAUUUUGAUACUGCUACAGAUUUAUACUUAAGCCAACCGCGCAGGACGAAGCUAUGCGUAAACGCACGUAAAUACACAUAAAUAUAUAUACAUAUAUAUAUACGUAUAUAUAUAUAUAUAUAUAUACACACAUAUACACACACAUACGCGAUGCAUACAUACGUAUGAACAAACACGAGAAUACACACAGAUAUACAUAUACGCUGAUGAUCAGCGAUAAAAGUCGAUCCAGGGUUAAUUCGAGAUGUAUUCGAUUUUUAGCCCGAGAGAUCGAGUUCCAAAAAUUCCCCUUGACGUACGUAAUUUCUUUUUCUUCUAAUGUUGCGCACCCCCAUUUUUCGCGCCGUAUAUUUUUAAAAGCGCAAUGCCGACGACUCGAAUUCUCGCGAGUGUCCGUGAAUUUUUUUGUACUUGCGGACUUUGCAGCUCAUACUUUUACCUUCCGCAAGCGACAAACGAGAAUAGUAUUUUGCGAGGGAAGAUUUCCUAAUUUCUACACGCGAUGAUAUUUCGGUGUGUAUACAUUCAGAGACAAGAUUGUGUGGAUGCUGAUACAAAUAAAGAUCAGAUUAAUUUUUCCUUCAUUUAAUCACGUACAUUCUCUUAUAAAAACGACGAUUGUUGAUACGAAUAAACAUAUCCAUAAACAAUCGUUUCACCUAUGUACAAAUAUCUCAACAUCUCGAAAAAUGGCAAUCUAUAAGAAAUAGAAAAGCAAAACUGAAGUAGGUAAUGUAUUUCUUUUAUAUAAUGUAUUAUUUUUUAUAUAAAAAAAUAUAAUGAUAAUUCCUUCACUGUUCUUGUUCAAUUUUAGUCAUAUUUUCAAAGAUAUUUUCAUGUGAAAAGUAUGAAAUCAUAUCAAGACAUUAGAUGAUAUGAUGUAUGUGAGGAAUUAGAAGAAUGGAUAAAAAAAGACUAGCUAAAGUAAUAUAAGUUUAGAGUUGUUUAGAGUUCUCGAAACAUGCAUGUGAUAAAUUUGUACGCGCAUAUGUUUAUCGACGUUCAAUGCCUUGCCAUCUUUGUAAAAUAGGAUUGUCGAUUAUAAAAAUCAUGAAAUUAUAAUUCGAGUGUCCACUCAUCGUUGUCCCUGAUUGUAUGUUGCCAACAGCGACUUUCAUCGAUACACGCACUUGCAUCGCGCGAAUGCCGCCGUCUUCGCCGAUGCAAUAUCAAUGAAAAUGAUGAAAAUCAAUCAAUCGCGUGUUGCAUCGCCGCGAUUAACAUCGAUCACGGCGUGAUUGUCGUCUCGGUAUGAUUUCGAUGCAUUCUCUCGACGGAUUAACGAUUAUUGCGACAAUCAUCCGCGAUCUGCCGUUUGACAAUUGUGGUAAUUAUACGAUUUCGCGUCUAAUUUCGCAAAGAGGAGCAAUGAGCGGGAGCUCUGAAUACUGAGUUUGUGAUAUAAAAACGCGAAUAUAAAAGUGGGAAAAAAAUAUAACAUUGUCCUCCUGUCGAUGCGUGUUAGACUGAAGAAACAAGCAAUAGCUUUAGUUCGUAGCGAAGCUAAUAAGCGCUGUCAUGAAAUGUAGCGAAUCAGUCUGCCAAAGUCAAUCACUUUUCUUAAUCAGCUAUCAAUGAACAGAGUUUUUGACAGAGACAAAUUGGUGCUACAUGGCGCAGUCAAUGGCAAUUGGCCAAGCUGCUGUCUUGCGUCGUUUUAAUUAAAGCAAACGAGACGUGAUAAACUUUGGAAAGAUUGAGCAAUUUUAUGCUAUUUUACGGUAUAACGGUGUUGGGCAUUUACAGAUAUAUUUAGGUAAACGACGCAGUUAUUGACUACUUGAGAGAAAUAUUUAUUUCUAAUUAUGAAAUAAUCGCUAGAAGGUCUUGUCAAUAAUUAUAUUUGAUUAUACGUAAUAAAUACAAAAUUUUAAUUUUGCUUACAACGACUUUCAUAUAUACACAAUAUAAAACAUAAGCAAAAAACUUGUAAAACAGAUUUUAUAUCAAAAUUUAAAAUAUAUAAAAGCUGUGGGUCGCUUUUAAAAAUCUAUCAUAUAAAAGAAUCUGCAACACUUUAUGUAAAGAGAAAAAAAUAUAUCGCGACUAUUGAAGAUAAAUAAAAACUCGCGCUAAAUGAAAAUUCACAAAUGCAAGUGAUCAAUAAUUACAGUGGUCAGUAAUUAUUCUAUACAUAGAAUACUAAAACUGUCACCUUAUAAGUGUGUAAUGCAAUUUUAAAUUAUUGCAAAGAAGUAUAAGUUGUUUUUCACAUUUAAAUACAAUCUAAAAGCCAUUGUAAAGUUAUCUAGAAGGCGCCUUGAUUUAUAUCAGACGUCCUUGUAUCAGGAUGCCUUUUGUAAACAUGUCUUUCAGACAUUUGUGUUGUUCGGGAGCUUAAUUAUACAUAAAGUGAUAGUUUAGAUAUUCUACGCCAUUAGUAUCGUUUACUCGAAAACGCCCAAGACUGGUACGUAGUCGUUUAGAAGUCACGAUAUAAGGGUAUAUCGUGCCAUGUAAGAAUUCGAAUUUAUAUUCUUUACGCGAACAAUACGCGGCGAUAAGUUUCGUUUCUCCUUCGUCCCAUCCGUACAAUCUCCAAUAAAUAAAGUUGCUAUUUUUUUCAUACAAAAAAUUUCUUGCGCCACAAGACGGCUUACAAUUGCACGCAUCAGAUCGCGUUUAAUAAUCGUCCAUUUUCGCGAAGGGAGGAAAUUAAUCGCAGCAUUAAAUAUCGUGGCAGUCGCAUCAACAUAUCGAUUAUGAUAAUGAAUCACUGCUGCGAUGAUGCUACCAUUGUCACCGCGGUGGUGAUCUAUCAUAGAUAGAGAGAAACGAUUGUUUGUAACGGAAAAGAUGUAAUGUAUCUAGCAUUAGGAUCUAGGUAAGGCAAAGCUUCCUAUUUUUUGCCCACGAAAAACAUCAUCACGUUUCGGCCGGGACAAAAAGGAUAAUUUCUAAUUUAAAAAAUUUAUUUUGUAAUUUAUCUCAGUUAGAUCUGACUAUUUAUUUUACAACACUAUUAUAAUAUGGAAUCUUUCGCUUAAGUAAUGUAUAGAGUAUUUAAACAAUGUUGAUUUUGAUAUAAAUCUUAUGUGCGAACCACGCAUUUGAAUGAUAAGUAAAAAAAAAAGAAAUUUGAAUUUUUUUGCAAGUACAUUUUAUAGAGAAGAUUUUUACAAAGAAAUGUAACUUUGCAUUACAUCGGCCCGGCUGUGACGCUCGCGCGAUUGAAUUAGCAUAAUAUUGAUACUAAUACUGAUAACACGAUAUUAAAAAUAGACGUCACAUGUAAUCGAUAAUUUAAUCAGUGUUAAGAGAUAUUAUCGUUAAUAAUUUGAUACUCGUUAGCUCCGAUAUCAUCCACAUAAUCAUCCUUGUACUUUUCGAUUUGCCCAUACUCGCGACCGUGAAAAAACUUGUAUUGCAAAGGGAGAACUGAUGAGAAAAAAACGAGAUAAACGCAGGGAUUAAAAGUGCGAAUAUAAGAUGGGGAACGAACAGGAAAAAAAGAGAGAAAGUGCAAUGCACAAAGAUGAAUUGACAUUCAUACGAUACGUAUACACAUUUGUAUCACGAAACAAUUGCGUAUGGACCAUUAAAAACAAAUAAUUAAUCGUUUUCUUUAAA